AUGUCAUUCCGAAGUGACGAUCAGCGCCGGUACGGCCAUGUCCCUCCCGUGCAAUACCCCGUUUCGCAGCCACAAAAUGAAUCGUCCUAUCCCGCUAGACGGCCUAGCUUUAACAGUGGCGACGAUGCAUCUUUCUUCGACCAGAACUCGGCGCAUGCCCACACCUAUCCGAACACCGACACAUCAGCCGGGACUGAGGACGAACUCUUUCUGACCAGUCCGACCUCAUCGUCAGUCCACCGCCCGACCUAUUCCGGCUCGACCAACAGCGCCCUUUCUGGCCAUCAACACCAAUACCAGGCCCAAGCCCAGGCCCAAGCCCAGGGCCAGGCGCCGCCUACCCCGACCCAUGCCACAUACAAUCCACAGCAUUUUACGCGGCCCCAAUCGACGUCCUUGCCGUACCAUCCGCCGCCUCCACAGCGGUACAGCUCGACCAGCUCGACCGCCUCUCAUGCGCCAACGUCGCCGACCACUUACACACCUGCCCAGUACAACCCGGCCGCCUAUGCGGCUGCCUCUCAACCACAGCGUCAGUCGACUCUCCAUGGAUACAACUACGGCCACGGCUAUGCCUCCCCGUCUGCUCCGCAGCCGUCCCCGGGUUUCAGUCCAUCGCCGAAUUCACCUUAUGCUUCUGCCUUCCCUCAAUCUGCCCAAGUGCCUGUUCAUCACGACCCGGCCCUUCCGAGCCCCGGCCACGUCUCGACCGGUUCGCAUCCUUCUUCCUACGACCCGUCUCACCAACAAUCCUACGGUAACACGUACGCCACCUACCCCAAUGGCGGUGCCAGCAGCCCGGUUCCCGCUCCCGUACCCUAUACGACGGCAACGUCCAGCGCACCCUAUCCGAUGCAAUCGCACAUGCCUAUCGGUCCGCAGUACUUGGCCGACUCUUCGUCGUCCAUUUACAUCCGAGCAUCAAGAUCAAACUCGCUGAACUCGCAGGCCUCAUCCAUCCACCUGCAUUCGCCGGGUCUUCAGCGGCACCCCACAAACGCCCCUCUCCCAAGCCGCCCCAUGGACAACGUGCCGGAAGAGCCCGGCUGGGACACCGACUAUGUGCGCCACGAGCAUGAUCAUGCGAGAAUCCAGGAUGACAUUAUUCAAGAUAUCGAGGCGGAGCUUGCCGCUCGGAUUGCUCGAAACCGGUCAACUUCGGUCAACGGCGCCCAGGCUUCCGACGAUGAGCUACAGCAACUCCAGCGGUACACGACGACCACGCUGGAUUCUUCUAACGUGAGCCGGUACUCGUCCAACGCAUCGACAAAUGCCCAGAGGACCCAUACCUCGUCGAUAUCGACGUUCUAUUAUGAGGAGGAGGAGGAUGAUGAUCCAGAAGGGACAGCAGGCGUGCUGGCCAUGCAACAGGCGGAGAUGGACGAUCGGCGGUUCAGUAGCACGGCGACGCUCUCGUACACCGACUUGGCUGCUGCGCGUACGCUGCCUCCUCCUCCCGAAGAACAAAGCAGUGAUACCGAUUACGGCGGGACGGAUCUUGGACUGUUCAGCGGAGGCUACGAGGCGCCCUCGGGCACUCUCGCCUACGGUACCGACGUAGGCUCACCGCCCAUGCACCAGACCGAGAACGCAUCGAGGCCUCUACCCUCGCGACCCGGCUAUUACCCUUCCACCUCCCACGAGAGCUACGAAGCUGCGCCGGCCUUCCGAGACGCCGAGGUGGACUACGGCGGUACCGGCGGCUUGCAACCCCCGACGGCGCAUCGUCUCAGCUUCGACGAGGGAGAGGAGCGAGUGUCGAUCCAUUCUCUGCAGAGCGGCAGCGAGUCUCCGCAGAAAGAAGACUAUCCCGACAUUUUCUAUCAUCCCGGCAUGUCCAUUCGGCCCCUUCCCCACUUCCCACAGGCGCCUAGAAGCGACAGCAACUCCAUGCUCUCUGUGCAGACCCCGGGGCAGCCUUCACGGCCGUAUUCCCACGGGCAGUCCCUGAGCGUAGAUUCGCGACAUGUGUACUCUCCCGAAGCCCCAGAAGGUUAUUACACCUCUGCUGGAUCUGGUUCUGUGCCGCCCGAGCGAUCUAUCUCCCUGUCAAGCCACAGCAAUACACCCCAGGUCCAAGCGCCCGCGCGCUCGCGGACUGACGCCGCCGAGGAGAGGAGAAAGAUGUACAGGCAGCAGCAGCACCACCACCACCACCACCACCACCACCACCACCUCGCAACAUCCCACGCAUCUCCAUACGACGGAUACGAUACGGACGCCCAGUCGUCCAUGGCCUACGACAUGAUCACGCUACCUAGUGGGCGGCGGAGGAAAUUCGUUCCCUCGAAGCUUACCUCGGCUGACUUCAGGAAAUGUACCGAGCCGUGGGCGCUCAGCGGGAUCGCGGCGUGGAUACGAGAAAUGGCGGACGGUGAGCCGGAUCUCAAACAGAAAACAGUCGAAGAGGCGCUCGUCAAUCUGUUCACGGACCGAGUCCCGACACUCAACGUCGCCGACGCGGAGGUUCUGAGCACGCGCGUUGUGGACAUCAUGCUGGAGGCCCGGAUCCUCCUCCCCGAAGAGGAGUGGGUGAAGUUCGGCCCAGGGUCCAUCACAGGCGUCUUGUGGCAGCUGACCGGUUCGGGCUGCUACGCGCCCAAGCUGCACCAGCCAGACGGGCCGGGACGGUGUUACUCCGUUCACUGCAUGAGGACGCUCAAGAAGGCCAAUCUGGACGAGCUUAUGCUGGAGGAGGUCAAGGCCGAAGACUGGGCGACAUUCUAUAAGCUGACCAAGGAAAGCGUGGAGGGCAGGUCCAAGAAGGAGAUUGAGCGACAGAACGUGCUGCACGAAAUCGUGACGAGCGAAGAGGGUUAUAUGAACCAGCUCGAGGUUCUCCGGGUCCUGUACCGGGACCAGAUCCGGAAUGCACCGAGUCCCAUCAUCGCCCCGAACAGGGUCGAGAAGUUCAUUGCCGUCGUCUUCGGCAAGGUCGAUGCGGUACAGGCGACGAACAAGGAGCACCUCCUGGCGCAGCUCAAGUACAGGCAACAGGAGCAGGGCCCGUUUAUUACCGGGUUCAGCGACCUGUUCCGGGAGUGGAUCCGGAAGGCCAGGGAUGUUUACAUCGACUACGCCUCCCAGUAUCCGCACGCGUCCUACCUGGUACGCAAGGAGGCGGAUCGCAACAUCAUCUUCCAGGAAUUUCUCGACCGGGUGCGCAACCACAAGCGGUCGACCAGGCUCGACUGGACGCACUUUUUGAAGGCGCCCAUUACGCGGCUGCAACGGUACACGUUCCUGCUGCAGACGGUGGAGAAGAACAUGGUGCAAGACAACGAAGAGAAGGCCAAUCUGGUCAGGGCCAUCUCGGAAAUCCACAACGUGACGCUGGAGUGCGACCAGAAGGUGGCCGAGAUGCAAAAGAAGGUGGAGAUGAUGGAGCUGAACGCGAUGCUUGUUCUCCGGCCGGGGUUCCACUCGGUGCUCAACCUGGAUCAUCUCGGCCGGGAACUCAUCCUGCAGGGCGAGCUGCAGAGGAUGGGAUCGAAGGGCGUCCGCUGGGUCGAUACGCACGCUCUCCUCUUUGACCAUUACCUUAUUCUGGCCAAGCCGGUGAGCACGAAAGAUGGAAAGGGCGGCAAAAAGUUUGACGUCUCCAAGGAGCCUAUCCCGAUGCCUCUUUUGUUCCUCGACAGCAUCAAUGACGACCCAAUCUCCAAGCAGAAAGCGCCCCUGGCGCGGAAUGCGCCGCCCGCACUCUCCGACACGCGGCUGAACAAGAUGACGAACGGGAAUGAGCGUCCGUCCCUCGAGCACGCGACGACGGGCUCAUCGAUUGGAUCGGUAAGCAUGAAUAGGUUGACGCCGACGAUGUCCAACGACAAGGACAAGAUCCUAUACCCGUUCCGAGUCAAGCAUCUUGGGCACGAGACGUAUACCCUUUUUGCGUCGUCGGCAGAGAAGCGGGGCGACUGGGUGCGGAAGAUGAUUGAGGCCAAGACGAGACACGCCAAGGCGCUGUUCUCGCAGAACGCGGAACCGUUCCGGCUUCGUGUGCUGGCGGACAGCGCGUUUGCCUACGACUCGGCCACGGCGUUGACCAAGCAGCUCGGCGUGCCUGUCCGGGGCACGCCGUUGGACCGGGCGAUUCGCGAGCUGGAGAGCGUGUACGGCCCGGGGCGCGGGCCGGCGCCUGUGUGCAGGGCGCAAGUCAACUGCGCGACGGGAUUCUCGGCCUAUGGCAAGUCGGUCAUAGCCAUUGGGACGGAUUAUGGCGUCUAUAUCUCGGAUAGUACGGACCCUCGUGGCUGGACUAGGACGGUACAAGUGAACAAAGUGACGCAGAUCACGGUGAUUGAAGAGUUUUCGGUCUGCCUGAUCAUUGCAGACCGGUCCCUGAUCGGGUACCCACUCGAUGUGGUAGCGCCGGUAUCGAGUUUCCCGGCACCGAUCCACGACAGCCCGAGGAGGGCGCCGCAGAGACUCGGAAAGGACGUGGCAUUCUUUGCGACGGCGAAGAUGAAGGACCGGAUGCUGCUGUUCUACAAACGCAGGGAGGGCAUGCACAACACGUUCCGGGUGCUGGAGCCGGUUUUCCAGAAGUCGUCGGAGAAGAAGCGCGGGCUGUUUGGGAGCCGCAAGACGGGCGGGGGCGUGACGGAGUACUUCCGGGACUACGACGAGUUUUACCUGCCGACGGAGUGCUACUCGCUCAACCUGUUCCAGUCGUACAUUGCGGUGUCGACGGCGCGGGGGUUCGAGUUGUUGACGUUGGACAAGAAGCAGACCAUGUCGAUCCCGGACGUCCGAGAACCGGCGAUCGCCAACAUUGCGAACCGGAUCCGGGACCAGAGGCCGCUGGGGAUGUUCCGGCUCAACGACCAGGAGUUCCUGCUGGCGUACGAGGACUGCGCGGUGUACGUGGACAAGCACGGCGACGUCAGCCGGACGCUCAUCAUGGAGUACUCGGGGAAGCAGAAGAAGGCGCGGGCGGCGACGAUGUACGGGCAGUACCUCCUGCUCUUCAACGAGGACUACGUGGAGGUGCGCAACGCGGAGAACGGGCGACUAAGGCAGAUCAUCGCGGGGCGGGACGUCCGGUGCCUCGACUACGGGGUCCGCGGCCCCACGGGCGGCACGUCGUCGGCGGCGAACAACUGGGUCGGGGGGCAGUACCAGGGCACGGGCCAGAUCGGGGAGGAGUCCAAGGGGACGGUCAAGAUUUCGAUGAGCCACCCGGAAAUUGCGGGGACGCAGAUUGUCCUGGAGUUGAGGCUGAAUGACGGACACACGGAGAAAUGA